AUGAUGCUCCCAUCUUAUUUACAGUUUGCAAUUCGAAAGCGUGUUUUGGUCGUCUUUAUAGUGUUACUCAUUAUUGCUACGUAUUUGGGAUUUGCACCUGUUUUGCCCAUUCCAGUGAAUGACAAGCUUUGUCAUUUCGUCGUGUUCUUUCUACUCAGUUUGGUUUUCUAUUGGGUUUUUGAUUUGUCCCGCCGCCGUGCUACUCAACUCACUUUAGUUGUUUGUGGGCUUGUUGGUUGCGUUGGUUCAGAAUUCGUUCAAGCGUUUCUUACUUUACGAACCUUUGACGUCUUUGAUAUUUUGGCCAAUUUGGUGGGUUGUGGUCUUUCUCUUAUGAUAAAUGUCAUGUAUCAUAAGCGACGCCUUGAAAAACUCCAUUUCCAACGAUAUGGUCGUUUAGAUUCCGCUGAAGAUGAUUUAGAACUACAAGCUCGAGAAUCCGAAGAUGCAGAUGGAGUUAACGCUAAUCGUUCAGCCUAA